GCGGUUACAAAGGCAGUUGGCGAUUAUAGUUGUUGGACAGGAUAGGCGCCCAAAGGGCGCAAACCUUUUUAAGAAUUACUACCGAAGAGCUUCAACAAUAAACUCGAUGUUCACUAUCAUAGGCUUUUGUAACAGAUGCUUGAUUUCUAAACCGAAACAAAAAAAAAUGUUUAAUGGCUUGGAUUGGAUAUUUUAUUAGCUUCCCAAUUAGACAAAAUGGCGGCGCUGUUUCUGCACGUGUUAGCGUUGCGUACUUUGCGCAGCUUGUUUAUUCAAACUUUCUCUCAGAGCACGACUAGGCUAUGACCAAGCUGUUACAGAAAUGACCCGAACACUGAGCUAGUGCCGAGCGCUUGUAGUAUUUGAAUCGUUUGACGAUCACCAUAUUGCCGGCAGCUUCAAGCAGGCCUCGGAAGGUGAUCGUCCGGAUCCUAGCGUGCUCAUGCAAAAUGCCGGCGGGAAUGGAAAACCCAGCAGAGUACUACAAGAAUGUUGCUUUUUCACCAACCAGUGUCAACGGUGAAACGACGAAGCUUGCGGGUGGUGACAGUAAAGACACGGAACUUUCUUCUGGGAAGACCCUGACCGGAAAACGAGCAGCUGACGAUGGCAAAGCGUGUGGUGAAUCCAAGAAGCCACGUCUUGAAGAGGCCACGGAGGUAGAAGACGUGAAGGUGCCACGAGAGGUGCAGCUGUUUCAAUUCCUGGGAAGCCGAGCAGACGAGAUCGCGUCACUGGUGAAAGAUGUUGAGCGCAAGUACCCGAAGCUCAUCUCGCAACAGGUGCCUCGGCACAUGCGGAGGCGUACAGUCAGCCACGACAAGAGACGCCUGCCCAAGCGCCUCCAGGAAAAGCUUGCACACGAGCCUGACCCACCCAAGGGCAAGCGUCCCAGCCGUAAGCACCGCCGUCGGCCACGCAACCUGCUGGCAGAGUAUGCGCGGCGUCAGCGGCGCCACGUCUGGCUCGAGACGCACAUCUGGCACGCCAAACGUUUCAAGAUGGCCGACCUGUGGGGCUACCGUGUGCCGCUCCACCCGACAGACAAGGGCAUUCGAGCAGCCUAUCGUGGCAGUGCCAAGCAUGUCUUGCUCCAUGACUUGUCCUACUACAACUGCAUCGAGCUGAUUGGCAAUUCAGAAGAGCUCAUCUCCAAGCUGGCUCUUGUGACGAACGCAGACGCAGGUCUUACAUUUGGAGCCAAGUCCUACCUUCCUGGAACGCGGGAAGGCACAGUUGUGUUGUACCACCGAGACUGUUACCCAUUUGGUGCCAUCGGACCAGCGAAGUUUCUGUGGCGUGCCCCUGCUAACCAGAGUGGCAUUGGCAAUGCGAAAGGUGAUCGCCAACUGUGGCUGUGGGUGCACCCCACCAUUCACGGCGAAGUAUCUGAGGAACUGGUGGCAUUGUUUGGUCUUCGAAGGGUGCAAGCAAUGCCCGCACACGCGGCGAUAGUGAAAGUCCAAAGCAGUGGUGUUAGCGAAAAGUGUGAGAGUGGCAUUCAAGUGUCCACUGAAGGAGCUACAGCUGGUGACUCUCAACAUGUGAAGUGUGGAGGCUUGGCGCCUGCGACAAACUACGAGUCAAUGGAAGAAGCAGCGGAUAGCCCGAUUACAAAGGAGAGAACCAAACCUGACCAGCCAUCGGUGCAGUCAACAGUUUCUGCAGACAGGGCAGAGUCUGAAAGGAAGUCAUCGAUGACCAGUUCCCACGGAGCGCAGAAACGGGAAAAGGUGGCGACAAAGAACCGUGCGAAGUCACCGAAAAGAAGGAAAGCCAAAGAAAAGAAGGCAGCCUUCACGGUUGCUGCUGGCAAUUCAGAGUUGGAAAAAGACAAUGCGUCAUCAGUUGCCGAGGUGUUGCAAUUGCCUGUGUACACAAACGGCUCGGUGACGAUGGUGCAGCUCAAGGAACAGAUGGUGAGGUUCUCGUUGACGGGGCCGCUUGCGACGGGAGUUGUGCUCAACACGCUCGUGCCAUCCCUGCAAGCUGCAUCACCAGAGACGGACGUGUGGUGGAACAAGCGGGCGGAGGAGAAGGAGGCACAGGAGGCAGCCUGGGAGAGGCUGCAAAGCGAAGGCGCCGAGUGCGAGUCGGCGCUACUUCCCCGUGUCCUGGGGCGGACUGUGAGGGACCCGCGGAUCCUUUUGCCGGCCUGCAAGACCAAGGUGACUGGCCACUGUCCGCCAGACAAACUCAACGGACUGCCUCUGCUUCCACAGGCAAGUGAUUCAGCAUUGUGGGAUCCACUACUGCGCAACGCUGUGUCAUCCCAGAAAAUGUCUGAGGCUGAGCUCAACCGACUGAGAUCGCAGAGCCCCAGGCCUGGCAUGCUACUUGAGCUGGGAGACGCUGAAUCUAGGAUACCCAUCAUGGCUAUUCGGAAGGAAGGUUCCCGAACCAACUUAGGUUUUGGCAGUGGCUGGGAUGUGAUCCUGCCAGCAGGCUGGGGUCGGCCAUUUUGGAUCGCUCUAGUUUAUCGGGGAGCCCGUGCAUCCGGCCUCAGGGAGCUGCGGAGCCUGUCGCUGGAGAUGGGCCGGCCCUGCUUUCCCUUCGACCACCCAGACACGGCAGCCACCCAGCAAUCUGAAGAGGAUCACCGCCGGGAGCUCAUGACCAAGCACCUCAGGUACCCUCCAGACAAGCGGCCAUCAUUCCAGAAGCUGCGCAUCUCCUGCCCUUUCUUCUUCCCAUGGUCACAACUUGUUCAAGAGUGGCGCAGCACACUGGACCAGCCGAGUGCCGACAUCAGCCGUGACGGGUCGACUUUCUACGUCCUUAGAAGCCGUAAAGUCCUCAGGAGGCUGGCAGCUCUGUUCGCAGAUGUUAACAAGAAGCGGAAGAAAGGUGCGGUUUCACCGACAGCAGUGUCCAAGCAGUUAGACGAAAUUCGUACCAUGGCACGGGCAACGAACCUGGACCUCUCACACGCGCUUGUCUGCGUAGAACUUGUCAGCUGUUCAAGGGGAGUACCGAAACAGUUUGACUCCAUCUCUCUACCCACAACGGAGGACAUGCUGGCAAUAAAGCAAAGCAAUUCUGCUGACUCAGCGGAAGCGCCAUGCGAGCGCCUGAGGACGUUGAAGAAACAGAAAGAUGCCAAACUGAAGAAGCGAAAAGCACCCAGACCAACUAUAGAAGAGUUGUUAGCGAGGCCGGCAGUAAGUGGCGUUGUCAAGAGUUGCUCAAGACUUUUGUUGGGGGGUGUGGUGAGCGGGGACUACUGUUUCUCAUCAGCGUGCGGCAGGGGACUUGGUUACUGCGCGUUUGAAGGACUCGCUCAUCUUGUGCGAACUUCUGCUUCAGCCAGUGUUAGGCCACUUGUGUUGUUCAGGCAUCAGCACUCUGUUCAAUACAGGUACGCAACUUUACGUGUGCUAGAGGAAUGCUAAAGCUCGAGUUGGUAGAGCUUUAUGUAAAGACAUGGUAGUUUCUUCCCCUAGGAAUCACUAAUUUCAUAAAAUCGCCUUUUCAUCUGUUGGUUUGCCUGUAGAGUUAAUGCAUCAAGGUUUAUAUUGUAACACAGAUGUUGAGUGUGUACACGUGUAAUAUAUUUCGUAGCUUAAGCCGCCAGAUGCAUUGUGGUUGUAUAUUUUUUGUAAGAAAGGUCGUGUGCAGCAGUGGUGGGCAGUGAUUGGUGCAGGCAUUCCUCCUGGAUGGCACGGCCACUCAUCUUGUUACGAAACUGAAGUUGUAAAAUAAAUGUGCAUACUCUGUUUCAGUGGA